AUGGUGGUGUUCCCAAGUCCGACCUCCGCGGACACUGAAAAAUGCCCGAAAGGCCAAGCCGCAAUGGACGAAGUACGGCUGGAAUCUGCACUUGGACAUAAACAAGAGCUGUCGCGGAACUUCGGACUGUGGAGUUUGACCAGUUUGGGGAUUGUUAUUGCAAAUUCUUGGGCUUCAACAGGAGGUACAAUCGUCGCUGCGCUCCAAAAUGGCGGUCCGAUGGCUGUUCUAUACGGACUAAUUCUAGUCAGCGUCUUUUAUACGACCAUCUCAGCCUCUCUAGCCGAACUCGCCUCCUCUAUGCCUUCUGCCGGAGGAGUAUACUAUUGGUCAUCAGUAUUAAGCCGGAGUCGAGGUCGCACAGUGGGGUUUUUCACUGGGUAUCUGAAUGCUUGCGCGUGGCUGUUGUCAGCGUCAUCGAUGAGCUCCAUGUUGGGGAAUGAGGGCGUUGCUAUGUAUCUGUUGAGAUAUCCGAAUGUGAAGUGGCAUUCCUGGCAAGUAUUCAUUGUAUUCCAGCUCGUCAAUUGGAUGUGUUGUGCCAUUGUAUGCCUCGGAAAUCGGUUCAUUCCCCUCCUCAACCGCAUUGCCCUUACUCUGUCAAUGUGUGGUCUCGUUACGACUGUGGUGGUUCUCACAGUAAUGCCAAAGAAGCAUGCGAGCAGCGCUCAGGUGUGGACUGAGUACCACAACAACACAGGCGGAUGGUCAGACGGAGUCUGUUUUAUGACCGGUCUGUUAAAUGCUGCAUUUGCGGUUGGGGUGCCAGACUGUAUUAGCCAUUUAUCAGAAGAAGUCCCUGAACCCGAGAUCAAGGUCCCGCAAGGCAUAAUGUUGCAGAUGCUCACAGCUUUCGUCACAUCAUUUGUGUACCUGAUCGCCCUCUUCUACUCCAUCCAAGAUCUAGACGCCGUCUUUACAAGUAAUACCGGCUUUUUCCCAACCGCGGAGAUCUACCGGCAAGCAACAGGGUCUAACGCAGGCGCUAUUGGUCUGAUUGCAGUAUUAUUUCUUGCAACCUUCCCAACUCUUAUCGGGACCUUCGUGACAGGCGGUCGAAUGUGGUGGAGUCUAGCGCGCGACGAUGCAACGCCCUUUUCGAACUAUUUCGCUCAAGUGCACCCAACACUGAACUGCCCCGUGCGUGCCACAGUUGCUAUGAGCGCGCUCGUUACUUGUCUCGGGUGUAUCUAUAUCGGUAGCACGACGGCAUUCCAGGCGCUCAUCUCGUCAUUCAUUGUACUAAGCUCGCUGUCCUACUUCGGAGCCAUCUUUCCGCAUGUUUUGUCUGGUCGGGGGAACAUGGUCCCUGGACCGUUUUAUAUGGGACAGAAACUUGGGAUGGCAGUUAAUAUUGUUUCUUUGUUGUAUAUUUUGGUUACUGUUAUCUUCUUCUGCUUCCCCUUGGUGUUACCGGCCACAGUUCAAAAUAUGAACUAUACCAGUGUGAUCGUUGUUGGCUUGAUGGUUCUCACUGCCUUCUGGUGGGCGUUCCGCGGCAGACACCAAUACCAUGGCCCGCAGUAUAGCUUUGAGGCCGCUGAGCGGUUGGCUACGUUCCAAGAGGGCAAGGAGGGUCGUCGAUCCUUUAUUGAUCUUGUGGUAUCGCCUGUUGGUAUUGAACAUGGGAAUGUUUCACGGUGA